AUGAGCGUCGCGCCAACAAUUGAUAAAAAAGAAGGUGCCGUCGUGGAAGACGCGCUUCAUGCCUUCAGCCCGGAAGCCAUGCAACUUGUCAGGAGCAUCAUGUUUGCUUUGCCAGACUUCAACGCUGAGCUGUUGGAGCAACCUCGCGAG